GCCAGGAUGUUAGGGACAGAUCAUAGUCACUGUAAUGGUUUAACAAGCAGCCAUGGGCAGGUGGCUCCAAGACGCUCCAUCCUCACACAGCAGAACUCCAUAGGUUCCCCAAGGACGCUAAGCCCUCAGAAUUCUAUCCGUUCUAGGGGUUCUUCGCCUAGAUCACGCCAGCCAUCUGUGCAAGGCCAGACGUCAGUGUGUGGCUCAAUCAAGGAGUUAGAGUACAAGCAAAACAACCUAAGCCGAGCAAAAGAGGCAGCGGCUGCAGCAGAACAGGAAGAGGAAGAAGGAGGCAGUGAGGCAGAGGUAGAACACAUACGAAAGAUAUGCUUUGUGUUCGAGCCAAAGGGCUGCUUCAAAGAGAGACAAGAAUAUUCCAUGUUUUUAUUUUCUCCAGAAAAUCCGAUUAGAAAAUCUUGUAUAUAUCUGGUGUCCAGAAGGUGGUUUGACUCAACGGUGCUCUUCUUCAUUGGCCUAAAUUGCAUCACUCUGGCCAUGGAGCGUCCCAAUAUACCUCCGGAAUCUACUGAACGAUUUGUUCUUCAAAUAUUCAAUUAUGUAUUUACUGUUGUAUUCGGCAUUGAAAUGUUUAUAAAGGUGAUUGCUCAAGGGCUCCUCUAUGGUAAGAAUGCAUACUUCAGUUCUGGUUGGAACAUAAUGGAUGGUUCGCUCGUCAUCGUUUCCUUCAUAGAUCUCCUUAUGUCUGUCCUGGUUUCAACCUCGCCACGCAUCUUCGGCAUCCUUAGGGUCUUCCGUCUCCUUCGUGCUCUAAGACCACUUAGAGUAAUCAACCGAGCACCCGGGUUGAAAUUAGUGGUCCAGACCUUAUUGUCCUCCCUGCAACCCAUCGGGAAUAUUGUUCUCAUCUGCUGUACAUUCUUCAUCAUCUUUGGCAUCCUGGGAGUUCAGCUUUUCAAGGGUACCUUUUUUUACUGUGAAGGUGAAAAUCUUAAAAAUGUCACAACCAAGGAUGACUGCUUGGCAAUUCCCGGCAAUAUCUGGCUCAAUCGGAAGUACAACUUUGAUGAUCUUGGCCAGGCACUUAUGUCGUUAUUUGUCCUUUCUUCGAAAGAUGGCUGGGUCAAUAUUAUGUAUACAGGUCUAGAUGCUGUUGGAGUUGACUUGCAGCCAAAGGAAAACUAUUCUCAGUGGAGAUUAUUAUACUUCAUCUCCUUCUUGUUACUCGUGGGAUUCUUUGUACUGAACAUGUUUGUUGGAGUUGUCGUGGAGAACUUCCACAGAUGCCGAGAAGAACAGGAAAAGGAAGAGAAAGCUCGCAGGGCAGCUAAAAGGGCCAAAAAGCUGGAGAAAAAGAGAAGAAAAAUGCGUGAGCCACCUUACUACAGCAGCUAUUCAAAAGCAAGGCUUUUCAUUCACAAUAUUGUGACCAGUAAAUAUUUUGACCUUGCAAUAGCUGCUGUCAUAGGCCUCAACGUCGUCACCAUGGCCAUGGAAUUUUAUAAGAUGCCAAAGGAACUGGAGUAUGCUCUUCAGAUUUUCAACUAUUUCUUCACAGCAGUUUUCAUCCUGGAAUCAGCCAUGAAAAUGCUAGCUCUUGGAUGCAGGAGAUACUUCAAGGACAGCGAGGAGUUUAGGUGGAACCAACUGGAUGUGCUCAUUGUCAUCCUGUCGGUUGUGGGCAUUGUACUGGAGGAGAUGAAGAGUGAGAUCAUCCCCAUCAACCCAACCAUCAUUAGAGUCAUGAGAGUGUUGAGAAUUGCCCGAGUAUUGAAACUGCUGAAGAUGGCAAAGGGCAUUCGAGCAUUACUGGACACAGUCAUGCAAGCUCUUCCACAAGUUGGCAACCUCGGCCUCCUCUUCUUCCUUCUUUUCUUCAUCUUUGCUGCUCUCGGUGUGGAACUCUUUGGGAGACUCGAAUGCGAUGAUAGCCAUCCAUGCCAAGGGCUAGGAGAACACGCACACUUCAAGAACUUUGGUAUGGCUUUUCUCACACUCUUUAGAGUAGCAACGGGAGACAACUGGAAUGGCAUCAUGAAAGACACACUAAGGGACAAUUGUGAUGACGAGCCAGACUGCGUCAAAAACUGCUGUCUCUACCCUUUUGUGGCCCCCAUUUUCUUUGUUGUGUUUGUCCUGAUGGCUCAGUUUGUGCUGGUCAACGUCGUCGUCGCUGUCCUCAUGAAGCACCUCGAAGAGAGCCACAAACUGGAGGAAGAGGAGGCGGAGUUUGCUCGGCUGCUGAGGGAUGUCAAUGAAACUGCCAAGGCUAAGUUCAACAAUGGGAAGUAUUUCCACAAGCCAUUAAACAAAAUGUCUUCACUGCCAUCCAACUUCACCUUCCGAGGGCAGAAGGAAGUGGUUGAUGCGUCUCGAAAGGAGCACAAUACUCCCCCAUCUUCCCCUGGAACUACAGACAAGCAAGGAGAGGCAGCAUACACCAUCCCAAGUAUAAACAUUAAUGGGAUGGGCUAUGAAGGAGAGGGGGAACCCUCAACUCCACAACUGCCUCCAUUCUCCCAUGAAUCUGACCUUUACAAUCCCAACGUGAAGAAACCAUCACCUGAUGAACCUGAGAACAAGGUUGCUAUCACAGAUCUUCGUCAGGUUCCACCGGAGCAGCACCAUGGGGGGGCAAGACCUAGGUCAAGCCCUCCUUCACAAGAACAUGUAGAAAAAGAGGAUGAAAAGGUGGCAACUAGUGCAGCACCUUUAGCAGAAACAUGGGAAGGAGAUGAUGAAAUUAGUGGAAGUGAGAGUAUUGGGCUGGGACCUAAUUCACCAAAGCUUCCAGAACCUGGGAGUCCUUCAACACAGCAGGCUAUGAGGCAGUCUCGUUGGUACAACUGCCGAAGGGUAAGUAAUGGGGGUGGCCGCAAGGUGAGCUUGGAUGACUCUCUCACUCAGUCACUGAUGGCCAGCUUUGAUGUGCCAGAACUUGGAGGACAUUUAGAUAUGGAUUCUACUUCAUGCUCAGUGUGCUCUAGUGAAGAAGCAUCAGCUAAUUCCCACCGGUCAUCAGGGCCUUCUCCAUUGGCAACUACAACAUCUGGACCUUCCACAGCAUUGGAUAAUACACAAGUUCUGAGUCCCUUUCCACAAGUACUUCCACCACCACCAAAAGUUUUUGCUGAUGAUGAUGAUGAUGAUGAUGCUACAUUGGCAUCAAGUACAGACUCUUUUACACUGGAGGGCUGUCCACCUGACUUGCCUUCACCUGAUGCUUCCUCUGGUGAUGAUGCUGGAGGUCUUUCCAAAACUAUAUCACCACAUUCUUCUCCCUCUCCCCAUUUAUCUUCUCCUCUAAGUGAUGCACCUCCUGUUUCAUCUAAUAAAAACCUUAAUAUUCAAUCAUCAAAUUCUCAGAGUACCUCUCUCUCCACACAACUAUCACCAACUGCAAUUUCAGAUCCACUUCCAGCACCACAAUCCUCUUCAAUGGGUGAACUACCACAUUAUGUGCAUCCAUUUAGUUCCCUUGAUGAACUAAGAGUUGCAGGGUAUGUCCAGGCUUCUUCUCAUGCCUCUAGUCUCAGACUGAAAAACUCCCACCCUCCCCACAGUGAGAGUAGCCAGCCUAGGUACACAGAAACCAUUGGGUUACAGCUGGGAGUUUCAAAGCGUUCCACAUCUCAUUCUGGGUCACGUGGAUUUCCUGCUGGACAGAAAUGUUACAUACGUGGACGGAACCAAAGUAGACCCUCUGGCCCCAAGUCCUAGUGGGAACUGUGCUAGUAGGGAUUGUGUGCCAUCCAAGCUAGUGAUUGCCAAAAAAAAAAGAAAAAAAAAAAACAAUCUGCUCAUGAAGUUCUCAGUUGAUGUAUUUGAGCACUUUGCUAUGUGCCAGAUGUUACAUUAUCAAAAGUGUUGCCAAAUAUAUAUUAGAAUGUAUUUGAAGUUACCUAUGUUUUUUAUAUGAAACUCAGUAGUGUAUACUGGCUUUAGAACAUUUGGUGGUAAUGACAUAUGAGUGAUAUCAUCCCAGAGAUUAGGUAAGUUGCAAUAGUCAAGAAACUCCAGUUACUGUAGAAAACAAGUGCUUGCAGUGGGUACAGAUUUUGCCCAGCUUAUCCUAAGAUUCAUAAACACAUCAUGGUCAUAUUCAUGUUAUUAAUUUGUUGAAGUUCUUCAUUGUCUCUAUUGGGUCAUGCAUAAUAGCAGUUAGUUGCAUUAAUAUUAUGUAUUGCAUUAUGACUUGUAUUGUGUGUCAGAUAAAUAUAUAUCAGUGAAGUUGAAUACAAAGAGAAUAAAACUGGAAAAAUGGUGAAGGCUGUAUAUAGGAUGGAAAGUUUAUAAAGUUUUAUAGUUGUAAUAUAAGGCAGAGCUGUGAUUAGCCAUACAAAUACUAUAAACCAAUAAUGAUAGCUUUAUUGAAUAUGUACAGAAAAUAUACAGUUAUAGAGCAAAUAAAUUAUUUGAGAAAACUAUCAAGAAGCCACCAGGGUCCUUUGGCCUUAUACCUUCAGCAAUAUUCUUAGCAGCUAACAUUUAAAGGUGACUGCUAUUUCUUUACAGUGUGAGGAUACAGAAUUUGGAUUCACUUUUUAAUUUAUUUUUAGUUGCCUACUACAUUUUAAUCAUUCUUCUAGCUCAUUGUUACAUAUCUACAUUACCAUAACGUAUCCUUUUUAUUGAAAAUAUAUUAUCAAUUUUGUUGUGAUUAUUUCUUAUCAAGUCCAAAGGCUGUAUAAACAUAAGCAAGCUAAUAUUGUUUUCUCCUGGUGGCUUUGUACAGACAUGGAAACUGAGUGAUGCAACUCAGCCCCAAAGCUUGAAGCUUCACAUACGGUUAAUAAAACAAUUAAAUAUCUUCAUUCAGAUCUUGGCCAUUUUGAUGACGGGCAGAUGUAAUGUAUCACCAUAUAUUAUCAUCUGAACAGUUCAAAUCUCGUUCAGACAAUCACAUUGUAGGGAUAGGAGUUAUGUCUAGCUGGUGACCAUAAUGGUGUUCAGUGACCUAAGAUUUUUCUUGAGUAAGGUGGUCAGCUUGAGGUGAUAAAUUCUACAUACGAGUUGUUGUUGGUCAAUCGUAAGUAGGGCUUCAGUUUUCUGGGUUGUCUUUCUCCUUUUUUCUUGUGAGAAAUAGAUAUAUAUAUAAGCUAAAACAACAGUUGAGAAGCAGAGAAACAAUAUCAGUUUAUUGAUAGUUUAUAAUUUGCUAUAAAUAUAAUAUAGUUCCAGCAACAGAAAAACAGAUUUAUUAAAUUGAUUACAAAGGGACACACAUACAUGCAAAACCUUUUAACUCAGAUGUUGUUUCAGAAUGUAUAUUAGAUUCAAGUUAUAUAUUGUUUGUGCCAGAGGCAAGCUGUAUUUUCUGUCCAUUUUGACUUUUCUGGUACUAAAAAGUUUUGGUAACUGUAUCCCUAAGAUAGUCACAGUGAUUUAAGGUCAAUAUGCCUUAAUCUUGUCAUUGUAUGGUGCUAGAAUAUGAUUAUUGUGGUACAGAACUGAUACAGUUACUGAAAGUUCAGAAUGGGUAGAGAACAAAGCGUACAUCAAGACACUUUGUCUCUUUUUUUUUGUUUGUUAUUUAUGCAUUACAGUCUUGCCCGGGGAUCAUCACCCCCUGCAAAAUGUAGGAAAAUAUUUAAAAUCCGUAGGCCAUUUACCUGACAGGACAGUGUUUUAUCACUUGAGAAGAAGUAUAUCAAGUUUUGCCUGUUCUUUGAGUUGAACUUCAAAACAUACAUUGGCAAAUAAUUCACAAUGACCAUAGUAAUCAUCUAAAGUAUCUUUGUGCCAUUAAACCUUUUCUUAUUUUAAAAAAUCAUAGAAUAUCCUAGGUCCAGCCUAAAUAUUAUGAUUUUACAGUACUUAAUCUCCAUUCCUGUUUUAACGUGCACUAUAGACAAAAACUUCCCUCAUUGGCCAUAUACCAGCAGAUUAUCUUUAAUCCAAACUUUCACUUUGUAUCUGAAAGUUUAUCUCUUUCUGUAGCUUUUAACUAAUAACUUACUACAUUUUGUCCUUUUUGACCUGCCUGAGCCUUACAACUUCUUAGGAUGUUCUUAAUGAGGUCCUUUUGUAUGAACUUUGAGUGUAUUGUGGGAGUAAAAUUCUCCAGCAAAAUGACAAAUCUUUCAUGACAGCAUGGUGACUAUGAAGUGAUGUCAGUAUUUUUACUGUUGUUUUGUUGGUUCAUUGAAUUAGAAAGGAGAGAAAGUGUAAAAACUUGAACAUGACAUAAUUAUGUCUAGCUUGUAAAAGUUACCUUCAGAUAUUUGGAUUAUUUGCUGGGAUAUUUUAAAUGAAAAAUAAUACACUGUACCUCCUUUUUGCAUACUAUUCAUCACUGGAAAACUUGGUUGGGUUUGUGUAAAUUGAAAUUUGUUGGCCUAUCUUUUAUUUUAUUAGUGAAAUAAUGUCUAUGGGCAGCAGUCAUACUCAGUUAUGGUUCAUAAUUUAUCUUGGAAUUAUUACUGAAUAUUGCUUUAAUAGCAAUGUAAGAUAAUAUAAUGUACACUGUUGAUUGUUUACUAUAUAGUCUAUUUAAACAUAAUCUGAUAUUCAUAAAAUAUUUUUUCUCCAAUCAUAACAAUUUACACAUAUGAUUUACAUUAGCAAGCCUUACUUCUAAUCAAAGGAGUAAAUUUCAGCUAACUUUUGUUGUAUAUUCAUAUUCUUAUGUUGUGCUUUUGGUGUAUGGGUGAUAGCAUAGAGCAUUUACAGAAAAAAAAUGCUACCUUACAAAGAAUUACAAGAUAAAGGUUUUUUCUACAGACCUGUUUAUUUACAUGCAUUUGGAUUUUAGAUUGAUGAAUUUCAUGCAGAUUUAUAGCAGUAUCAUGAUGUUUGAUUAAUAGAUGAUUAUGUUCAUGCAUUAUCAUACAACAUGUGAAUGUUCAUGCUUGUGCUUUCCUACAUAUGUUUGUAUAUAAAUAUAGAGCAAGUUCUUUAACCUGUUAACAAUUUAUCAUUGAAAAAUGUACUCUGGAAAGUACUGGUGAACAUGGACCUGGGUAUGGAAAAUAUUUCUAUAUUUUUUAAUAAUGUUAAAAUGAAUUUUCAGAAACUAGAUAAAAAGACAUUGACCAAAUACCAUAUGUAAAAUAUAAACCAGACACCACUUAUGCAACAAAUGCCACAUUUAAACCAGACCAUUGAUGCAUCAAAUACCACAUACAAACCAGAGACAACACAUGCCCCCCCCCCCUGGACGCCUCUGCCACAGACCACAGAAGCAUCACCUAGCACAUAUGAAUUAUAGACAACAAAGGCAACACACAUAAACUAGAGACCACACAUGCACCAAAGACAAGAUAUAAAAAAAAACACAUACACACCACAGACCACAUUAACCACAGACCAUACUUACACCACAGACCACAUGAACUAUAGACCACACAGACACCAUAGACCACUUAUAAACGAAGAGACCACAUAUGCACCAGAGACCACACAAGCACCACAAACCACAUUACAUUACACUGUGUAUUACGAAGUCAUGUUGAGAAUUUAUUAAUAGGAAAAUGUAAAGCCGGUCCAAAGAUAAUCAAGAAACAACUGCUGCCCACAAUGGUAAGAGUCAAGUUUUUUUUCUCUUUAACUCCUAAAAUCUAUGCAAACUACCAAGAUAUUAUUUAACACUGUUAGUCUUGAUGACUUGAAAAUAAAAUAUAACAUUUGGUGAGUAUGGAAUAAUUUAUGUAAUAGCCAUAAAGUUUCAGAGCAAGUUCAAAGUGACCUUUUUCAUAUAGGUAACAUUAUAGAUAACUAAAAUAAUAGAAAAAUAAGAAACACAUUAUCUAUUUAUUGAUAGAAAAUAUAUUACUGACCCAGAAAUAUCAGGCAAAUUACCAAACAUCUGCAAGGUGGUCAGCUACUCACAAUUUAUAGCACAUUUCUCUCUUUUCUCAUUCAAUGGGUUAAUAUAUGGCAGACUGGUGAAAGGCAAGUGUGAAUUUUCUUGUUUGUCAUUCAAUCAUCAAUAAUUGUUAACUUUAUAACUUGUCUCUGACUGCUUGAUUAGGAGCUUAAUUAUUUUUCCAAAUAAGGUAUUUUGUGUUGCAUGUCAUUCAGAUUUGCUAAAAAGGUAUUGUGAAAAACCAUGGUGUUAUUUUUAUGCAUUGAAAUUGUGCCUUUUACUAUGACUCAAACUCUAUUGAUGGCAAGAAAGGUGAACAUAAGUUUUUGAAAUCAUAUUUUUGACUAUCCACAGCCUAAGUAAGCUUUCUCAUACAUGCAUCUUUAAACCCUAUAUGAAGCCAAGAGAUUGGAUAUAUGUUACUAUAAAUAUGUGGCAUUAACCUAGAGUUUAUCUCAAGCAAGACCUUAGCUACUGAGCCAGUGAUGACGGCAGUAUAGAUAUUUCAUUUUGAAUCAUGUUUUGUUUCAAAAUUAUAAUUAGUUUAUCUCUUUUUCUUAGUUUCUUAUUAUUGUAAAAGUUAUGAGUAGGUGCUGUUCUCAUAAUUUCUGCCAUUCUUCAUUUAUGAACUCCGUAAAUGCCUGAACAUGGUUUUUGGAACUGGAGCAAUAAAUAUGUCAUUUAGAGAUGAGUAGAAGCAUUGAUACACUUUGUGGUUUGGGAGAAACAAUAACUCGUAUACAUUUAUCUCCGCUACAUAAGUUUUGUAGCAUUGUGAUAGAAUGAAACGUAAUUUUGAAAAGUCUUUUAGUAUUAGAAUGUUUGUAAUAUAGACCCUUUUUUUAGUUGACUGAUGAUCUGUAAUAAGUUUUAUAGUGUUUUUAUCCCUAAGUUAAGAAUAUGACUGAAAUCCUCAUAUUGUAAUUAUAAACCUGUUCUUGGUUUAACCAAGUCUGUUGUGUAUAUUUUUAUCAUGAAACUUUAGAGAAUAUAAGUCAGACAGCUGGUUGUGCGAGAAGUGUAAUAUAUCCAGCAGAUGAAACAUUGUUUUCUUACAUUUCAUCUUCAUCCCUCAUAAAGAAAAUCCUUUCCAUUAGCCAGAACUCUAUUCCCUUUUGAGCAAGUCUUUAUCAUAUGCAGGAAACAUCCUUCUGACCAGAACCUGUCCCUCCUUCCAAAAUCCUUCUUGCUACCCGCAUCCUUUUCUAUGACUUUCCUUUCCAAGAGAACCCCCCUCAAUCUUAUCAUUUGCUUUAUUCCUUAAAAGUAAACUUGUACCGUAGAUAUAUGUCAGAGCUUAAUCACCAAACCUAUGUAUCCUUAAGGUCAUUCUUUUCUGAAAGUAAAUGUUAUCCCAUGAAUUUAUUUUUUCUCUCAUCAGAAUUCAUUACCUCCACAACACUCUUACCCCUUCAUUAGAGCAUCAUAUAACCACCAGAGCCUUAAACUCUUCCAACAUGAUGUCAUAUCUUCUGAAAAUAUCUUGCAUUAUCUACCAGAACCCUUGUAGUUUCACAGAGAUGAAUGAUAUUUCCCUGUUAAUCUUUUUCAUAAAUGAAACAGCCUUCCAUGUUCAUUUUGUUAUUAUAUUUUGUUUUCCAUUUUGCUGUCCAGUGAAAGUAUUAAAUAUUUGUUGCAGUCUAGUCUGUAAAAGAUCUUCCUAGUGUCAAAUAGCUACAAGAAAUUGUUGACAUUUGUAAAUGCAAUGUUACUAUAGUCACCCUAUGAAACUAGACUAUCUAUAACUUUGCUGUAUUUAUUUAUUACAGUUAAUAAUUUGCUGAAUUUUGGCAUUUACCUUACUUCAUAUACUUCAACUUGGUUUUCUGAAACCUUAGGAAUUAGCUCUCAUUUUGCACAUAAUAAAUGUCCUAAGUUCAUUCCUUCUUAUCCUUUUUUGUAAGUAGCUUCUUGUAUCAUCCCACAACAGGAAACAACUGAUCGUCUCCAAUACUAACUUUAAUAAUUUUCUGAUGACAACCUUCUUUCUGUGUUGGGAUGCUAGAUUCCACCGGCACCAUCCACUCAUAUAAUUUGCAUUUUUCCCAUUUGACUCCAAAUGCAAACAUUAGAAGUCUUGUCAAAUACCAAGGACAAAAGCCUUAAUGGUUGGUUGGAACUUGGUUGAAUGACAAUUGUUCCUUUCUUGUUAUUCUUAAGCAUUGGGUGACUUUCAACAUUACAGGGAAAGAUAUUAAUAAAUAGAGAAGCUUGUGAACAAACCCUUGCAACUGUAAUUUAGUAAAAAUUUGAUCUGUUUAAAUAUUUUAGGUAUCCAUAUGUUAAAGUAUUAAUAGAGGACCUUGUUCACAUUCUUCAAAAAAAAUCUUUUUUACCUGCAUUUUGUCAAGCUCCUCAAAGAUGGUUUUUAAAUGUUCUGGUCUCACUCAUUCUAUGAUCAGGGACGCUCAGUUUUUACUUCUUACAAAAAAUAAAUGUAAAUAGAU